UGUUUUCGUGUUGUUGUUGAGCGUGAAGUGUGCAAUUGGACAGAAUUUGUUUAAAUGUGACGAAAAAAGAAGGACAACAACAACAGCAACAAGCAGGCGAUCAAAUCGAUUUCAAAGCCGUCGCAAAACAAAAUUGUAGGCUCUCAAAAAUAUUUUUAUUGCGAUUAGGCAUAAAAGUGAAAAGCGUGCGAAAUCAGAAGAAGAAACCCAAACCCAACCAAACCAUCCCAUUCGAAGCAGAAACAAAAACGACAGAAGACAGUAAAGCACAAGUAGUUUUCCACUCCAACGACGACGCCAAUUGGCAAAAGUGAAAAAACACGCCAAGCGCCGCUAGCAAACACACACUCCAGAUUGCAGAUUGGUGUCUUCUCCGCGCGAAGAGCGAUUGCAACACUUUUGGCGUCUCCAAGCUGUGGGCCCAGGAUAGCUCGGUUGCGAAACCUUGAAAAACCUCCACACACACAUACACGCACUUUUCUGUUACACAGCAUCCAUUAGGCACAGGAAAAGCCAUGAGUUCGCAGUAUUCCAAUGUGGAGAACCUGUCGCCGCAGACGAUACGGCAGGUGAUGAGGGAGCUGCAAGAGAUGGAGACCACGCCGCCGGAGGGCAUUAAAGUGCUGAUAAACGAGAGCGAUGUCACCGAUAUACAGGCCUUGAUCGACGGACCAGCGGGCACCCCGUACGCCGUUGGCAUCUUCCGCGUCAAGCUGACACUGAGCAAAGACUUCCCGCAAACGCCGCCUAAAGCCUAUUUCCUUACAAAGAUCUUUCAUCCAAAUGUGGCAGGCAACGGCGAGAUUUGCGUGAACACACUGAAGAAGGACUGGAAGCCGGAUCUGGGUAUCAAACACAUACUGCUAACCAUCAAAUGCCUGCUGAUUGUGCCCAAUCCGGAGUCUGCACUUAACGAGGAGGCUGGCAAGAUGCUGCUCGAACGCUACGAUGACUACUCACAGCGGGCGCGCAUGAUGACGGAGAUCCAUGCCCAGCCCUCCAAGUGUGGUGUUGGGGCUGCGAGCGAUGCCAAAGAUGAUGACGGACCCUCAACUAAGAAGCAUGCGGGCCUCGACAAGAAGCUACAGGACAAGAAGAAGGAGAAGUUGCUCAAGGAGAAGAAGCGUAUGCUGAAAAGGUUAUGAGAGGCAUAAGCGGAGUUCCAGCCACUACAGGAGCAAGUGAAACAGUUGCAGGAACACACGGAGGAAGCAAACGGAUAGGGCUUUGGUGACUAACACGAGCGGGGACAAAUGAAUGACGGGAGAAGCAAUUAUUUAGUAGAGCGAUGAGUGAAGGCGCGCUAUGAAAUUUUACACUGAUCCAGUAACGAGUAGCAACCAAAAGCAGAGCUGGUGCAAUCAGCCAGGUGACCCCCCUGGAUACUAGCCAGGUUGGGGGGGAAAGAACAGAA